AUGGAUUACGAGGCGUUGAAGGACCAAUGGAGCGAUGUCGAGGAUCGUGAUGGUGUCAGACUUAGCUGGAAUACCUUUCCGAGCUCGCGCAUGGAGGCAUCCCGCUUAGUUGUCCCCAUCGGAGCAGUGUACACGCCUCUCAAAGAAAAGACCGACACCCCGUUAUUGCAAUACGAACCGGUAACUUGCAAAGCUCCUUGCAAAGCGGUCCUCAACCCUUAUGCCAAUGUCGACAUCCGAGCUCGAAUCUGGAUUUGCCCAUUCUGUUUGAUGCGCAACCCCCUUCCACCACACUACAAAGACAUUACAGAGAAUGCUAUUCCUCCCGAGCUUCAUCCCCAGAGCACCACGAUCGAGUACCGAUUGGCCCGUCCUGCCCCUGCUCCGCCAAUUUUCGUGUACGUUGUAGACACCUGCCAGGAAGAUGACGGUCUUCAGGCUCUCAAGGACUCUCUUAUCAUGAGCUUGUCUCUCCUCCCGCCUAAUGCGCUUGUUGGUUUGAUCACAUACGGCACUAUGGCGCAAGUUCAUGAACUCGGUUACGGAGAGUGCGCCAAAUCUUAUGUCUUCCGCGGAAGCAAGGACUACGCCGCCAAACAGGUGCAAGAGAUGCUUGGAUUGCUCAAUGCUGGUGCCCGUCCAGGUGCUCCUCAGCAGCCUGGUCGCAUGCCCCCUCCUCCCAUGGGUCCUGCGGCUCGAUUCCUCCUCCCCGUACAGCAGGCCGAGUUCCAGAUUACCAACAUCCUUGAGCAACUGCAGCGUGACCCCUGGCCAGUUGCGAAUGAUAAGCGUGCUUUGAGAUGUACCGGUGUCGCCGUCAGCGUUGCAGUUGGAUUGUUGGAAACGUCUUUCCAGAAUGCAGGUGGGCGUAUUAUGGUCUUUGCCAGUGGCCCAGCAACCGAAGGCCCCGGUAUUGUCGUCGGUCCAGAGCUGAAGGAGCCUAUCCGAUCUCAUCACGACAUUGACAGAGACAAUAUCAAAUAUUUCAAGAAGGCAGUCAAGUUCUAUGACAACCUCGCUAAGCGCGCCGCACACAAUGGUCACGUAAUUGACCUUUUUGCUGGAUGUCUCGAUCAAGUGGGCAUGUUGGAGAUGAAGAACAUGGCCAACCACACUGGCGGUCAUAUACUGCUGACCGACAGCUUCACAUCCUCCCAAUUUAAGCAAUCAUUUGUCCGAGUCUUCGAUAAAGAUGAGAACGACAAUCUGCUCAUGGGCUUCAACGCAUCCCUGGAGGUCCUUACUACAAAGGAACUCAAAGUCACAGGUCUUAUCGGUCACGCUAUUUCCUUGAACAAGAAAUCGAGCAGCGUCGGAGAGACUGAGUGUGGUAUCGGCAAUACUUGUGCAUGGAAGAUGUGCGGCAUUGAUCCUGCUGCCAGCUACGGCAUUUAUUUCGAGAUUGCGAACCAAGGCGGACCAGCACCGAUGCAACAAGGCCCUCAACGUGGCAUGAUGCAAUUCCUAACAUAUUACCAACACUCUUCGGGUCAAUUCCACCUUCGCGUAACGACUAUUGCCAGGAACCUCAGUGGCCCGGCUGGUGAUCCGGCACUUGCUCAGUCUUUCGACCAAGAAGCUGCUGCAGUCCUCAUGUCUCGUAUUGCUGUCUUCAAGGCCGAGGUUGAUGACGGACCAGAUGUACUUCGAUGGGUCGACCGCAUGCUGAUUCGGCUAUGCUCACGCUUCGCUGAUUACAGAAAGGAUGACCCAACCUCGUUCCGACUUGAAAAGAACUUCACCCUUUACCCACAGUUUAUGUUCCAUCUUCGCCGAAGUCAGUUCUUGCAAGUUUUCAACAACUCUCCUGAUGAAACGGCUUUCUAUCGACAUGUCUUGAACCAUGAAGAUACUGGCAAUUCUUUGAUUAUGAUCCAGCCGACUCUAGAUUCAUACUCUUUGGAGCAGGAGGGUAGCCAACCUGUCUUGCUUGACUCUGCCUCCAUUCAACCCACUCACAUUCUCCUCCUCGAUACCUUCUUCCACCUUCUAAUUUUCCACGGAGAGACUAUGGCAGAAUGGAGGAAAGCUGGCUACCAGGACCAAGAAGGUUAUGAAAACUUCAAAGCCAUUUUGGAACAACCAAAGGAGGAUGCUAGAGAACUAAUUGCGGACCGUUUCCCACUCCCCCGAUUCAUUAUCUGUGAUGCCGGUGGCUCACAAGCUCGUUUCCUGUUGUCAAAGCUGAACCCCUCGACAACUCACUCCACUGGAGGAUACGGCGGUGGUGUGACGGCACAAACCAUCUUCACAGACGAUGUGUCGUUACAGACUUUCAUGGAGCAUUUGAUGAACCUCGCCAAUUCUUCGACCAGGUCACGUGCUUCGGCUAGCACACAACAUCUCCCUCCAAUAAAUUCCCACCGACCCGCGAACUUUUCUAAAGAAUCUCAAGCUUGCGAGCCUCUCCUACAAGCACCAUUCACUUCCUUCUCUUUCUUUCUCCCCGAGGACGAUAGACUACCUUACGCCUUCGCCAUGCCUCCCAAAUUCGAUCCCAAUGAGGUGAAGGUUAUCCACCUCCGUGCCACCGGUGGUGAGGUUGGUGCUCAGUCUGCACUUGCCCCUAAGGUCGGUCCCUUGGGUUUGUCGCCCAAGAAGAUUGGUGAAGAUAUUGCCAAGGCUACCGGUGACUGGAAAGGUCUCCGUGUCACCGUCAAGCUCACCAUCCAGAACCGUCAAGCCGCGGUCUCUGUUGUUCCUUCCGCCUCUUCCCUCGUCAUCCGUGCCCUCAAGGAGCCCCCCCGUGACCGCAAGAAGGAGAAGAACAUCAAGCACUCCAAGUCCAUCCCCCUUGACGAGAUCAUCGAGAUUGCUCGCACCAUGCGUUCCCGUUCUCUUGCUAAGGAACUACGUGGGAGUGUGCUUGAGAUUCUUGGAACCGCAUUCAGCGUUGGAUGCCAGGUCGAUGGACGCAGCCCCAAGGACGUCAGCGAUGAUGUCAAGUCUGGCGAGAUUGACAUUCCUGAGGAGUAA